CUUGAUAAAUUACAAAACAUUUAAAAGCUCCUAAUCAAACGCAUUUUGGUCCCAGCCACCAACAACCAUGGCCACUUCAGUAACUCCGCCUCUCUAACCCUCCCUUUUUUAAAACAGUUCUUCUACUUUCCAGCCCAAAAACCACCCCUUAAACCCUCUCUCUCUCUCUCUCUCUCUCUGCUCUUUACUCUCUAGACAAACAUCCAUGGCCAUCUUUAACACCAGGACCAGAAUAGUCUUUUUCUGCACACUAAGCUUGCUCGUCCUUUUCUCUCCACGACUCUCCUUCUCCUCUUCAAUCCAUGACCUUCUUAUCUCAAAGGGGUUACCAGCUGGUCUCCUCCCCAAAGAAGUCAAGUCCUACACCCUGUCUGAAGAUGGCUACUUAGAGGUGUUCCUUGAUGGUCCAUGCUUGACCAAGUAUGAGAAUAGGGUCUUCUUUGAAAGCGUGGUGAGGGCUAAUCUCACUUAUCGUAGUCUCUCAGGGGUUGUCGGUUUGUCUCAAGAAGAACUCUUUCUUUGGCUACCAGUUAAAGAUAUCAUAGUUGAUGAUCCAGGAUCAGGACUUAUUUUGUUUGACAUUGGGGUUGCUCAUAAGCAACUUUCUUUAUCACUCUUUGAAGAUCCACCAAAUUGUAAGCCUCAAGGUGGUGAGUUGAAGAAUCAUGCGAGGAAGGAGAAAGGGUUUGCGGCAGUGAGAUAGAAGAUGGAUGCCACCCUGUUUCUUCAACUUUGUCAAUUUCCAUUAAAGAAAUGUUUUGUUUAAUGAUCCAUAAUAUAUGUAGGUGUUAUAUCAGAUUAGAGCUGGUUUUGUUAGUUCAUGUAUAAAAAUGGCAAUUCUGAGAA